AUGGCUUACUUUGUGUAUCUAUUUGACCUUGAACGUACCAGAAGACAUGAUCAGCCCACAAAGGAGCGCAGGAGAAUAAGGAUCAGCCGAAUGCUACCCACGUGGACACCAUUUGUUUGUGGACUGUUAAUGUUGCUGUUGUGGAUGACAUGUAGCGGUAUUUCCUCAUUACGAAUAGAUACUUUUGUGUUUGACGACUGGGGUAAUGAAACGAACUUCAUCAGGAUGUUGAUGGAGGACGAAGUGGCCUCCUGGACACAAACACUGGAGACACCUGUUUUCCUUCAUUUUACAAACAAGCACACUGCGCUCGAUCAUGAUUUCUUUGAACUGGAUCCCAGCAUACUGGAGUCGAAGAAUAACAUUGAGACUAAAAUAAUGAUAUACAAUAUCCAGGAACUAAUAUUAGAGAAUAAAACAUCGAGACGCUUACUAAUAAAUGUGAGACGAGUAAUCAUACUAGCGUCUUAUUCAAAGAUUCUGAAUUUCUUUAAUGAGAUGGAACAAAGAGUCAGACUGUUAAAUAAUGAAUGGAUUCUAAUACCUACGGAUUCUGACACCUGUCCAGGACAUCUAAACAUGUCGUAUAUUUGUAUACAUCAGAAGAACACAUCAGACAAAAGAACGCCUCUUUGGAUGGAUGCUCUACAGUUCAUCAAAGGUGCGAUAAAGACAAUGGAAGGUGUGAACGCCACGGCAAGCUAUACAAACAUGGAAUUUUUUCGAUGGUACGCUUCGUCCCAUCAGCCAUCUGUAAGCAUAUCAAAGUACACGUCAUAUAAGUAUUCUACAUUGAUAGGAGAGUUCUCCGAUGGACAGAUAACAAUAUAUGGAAGCCCAGAUGUAUUUGAACAUCCGCCACCACCAGUGUUAAAAGUUGUAAUAAUUCAUGAACCUCCUUUUGUGCAGCGUGUACUACAUGAUAAUGGAAGUAUUAGCUACGAGGGGUAUAGCAUCGACGUCCUACAGGAACUGGCUAGGAGGAAUGGAUUUACGUACCAGAUCUAUGAGGUUCCUGACAAUGAAUAUGGGGUCCUAAGGCCAAACGGAACCUGGACAGGAGUUAUAGGACAGGUGGCAACUGGGGUAGCUGACAUGGGAGCCGGUCCGAUAUCGGUGACAGCCGAGCGUGAGACCGUCAUAGACUUCACUGCCCCAUAUUACGACUACGCCGGACUUCAGAUCCUGACGAAAGACACGAGAGAACCACAAUCUCUGUUUGUGUUCGUCACUGUCUUCACGGAACUGGCAUGGGGCGUGUGGGUGUCCUUACUCGUGGUCACUGUCGUCAUCCUAUGUGUGUUCCAUAGGUUCAAAUACAAAUAUCUCACCGAGGACAAGGCACACCGUUCAAAGGAGAUCUUUACUAUUAAGAAUUCCUUAUGGUUCGUCGCCAUGUCUGUGGCUAUUGCAGGUCCACAACAUCAUCCAACCAUGACGUCCACUCGUCUAGUCGUUGCUGGAUUCUGGUUCUUCUGUCAGAUUAUAAUGAGCGCUUACACUGCUAACCUCGCCGCUUUCCUGACGUCAUCACGUCUAGCUUCGCCAGUAGAAUCAUUGGAUGAUCUGGUGACCCAGUCGACCUAUCAAUACACUGUACAAAAGGGCACAGUAGGUGAGACAUACUUCCAAAGAAUGGCCAAAAUCGAGGCGGGUUUCUAUAGUUACUGGAAGGAUGUUAGUUUUUCAACAGACUCUAACUCGGCUCUGACACAGUAUGCCGUCUGGGACUAUCCACUUGGGGACAAAUACAUCAAACUUUGGCAGUCCAUGCAGCGGACUGGCUAUGUUACAAACACGGAGGAAGGCAUCGCAAAGGUCUUAGAGGGCAACUUUGUCUUGUUCCAUGAAACUCCAAUGAUAAAGUUUGAAAUGAGUCGUCGGUGCGGGCUUCUCUCAGUAGGGACGAUGUUCAGCGCGAAACCUUACGCUUUCGUCUUGCCACAAAACUCACCUCUUGUCAAAAAUAUAUCUAGCACAAUACUCGCUAUCCAGUCCACUACUCUCCUUACAAAACUUAAAGAGAAAUGGUGGGAAAGCAACAAUGUCACGUGCCUCGAAGUUGACAACAGCGAUGGGUUGACAUUAAACGCCCUUGGUGGAAUUUUCAUCGUCAUUAGUGGCGGCUGUUUACUAAGUCUCCUCGUGUUGGGUGUAGAGAUUCUUAUCGACAAAUACGGAAAGGCGUCUAAGCCUUUCCUCUCUGAAUCUGACACGACUGAAGAAAGUGAUGGUCGCCCGGUUCCACAUCAGGUGGUGAAAUCAUUCGACGUCAGUGAUGGAAUGUUAUCAAAACUACGUUCGUACGAAUCACAAGACUCUGUCUAUACGUCAUCACUAUAA